AUGAAAGUUUCAUGGCUUGAAGCUUUUGAGGACGGAGACGCGCGGAUAUUCCUGGAGGACGUCGCGGAGCUGACGGAGAUGUGGAAGGACCGAGGAGGCCUUGUGGAGCUUCAGAACGGCGCAGCUCGGAGUGGGCGUGGACACCUGUCGCAUGCCGUGGCCCUGCGCACCCUGUUAAAUCGAGCUCUCCCAACGUUGGACGAUGCUGCGCGUUCGGAAUUACUGCUCGAUCGUUUCAUGCAAAGCCUACCGUAA